CUCUGCCUUCCAAGUUCAAGUAUAAUGGGUCUGCUCCAGGACUCCAGGUUCAAACCAAGGUGUGUGAGGAGCCCUUGCCUGAGAGCAGAUUGGAGUUCCAUUAUUUAUUGGAUGUCAUUCCUGUGUCUGCCAUCAAUCAGCAAGACUAUUUCCACAGGUAGCAAACUCUCUAAAGACUAAACUAUUGCAUUUAAGGAUACAGCGAACAAGCAAGCAAACAGACAAAAACCAUGUGGGGAUGAAAUCUAGACUUUCAGUGUAUCGCUCCAAACAUUGCAGAAAAUGUUUUUGUUUUUUUUUUUUUUUUUUUUUUUUUUUACAUAUCCUUGAUCCCUUCCUAGGGCCUUUCUAAUCCUGUCUCUUGCUUGGCUCCUAGUCCUGAGACCUCAGAAUGCUUUUCCCUCGGCGGCUCUGUUUUUCUCUGUUCUCCCAGGCUUUCCUUGCUGCGAAGAGCCAGCCUUCUGUGGAAGCGCGCAGGGGAUCCUGCAUGCCCAGCUCACUUAAUAAUCUUGCUGUGCCCGGUUGCCAAGCCCUCCCCGACCAGAUCUGUUUUGUCUCCUGCUAGGCUGAGUCACAUAGAAUAGAUAGAUAGUUUAUCAGCACAUGUCCUCCAGAUCAUAUUAUCCGCUUACAAAUAUAGCCUGUUAGCGCACAGGCACGGUAGCCCUUCCGCUGGGGGUGUUGUUCUGCGGGCGUAAACAGCAUCGAAAACGGAUUACAGAGUGGCGGCCACAACCGGGUACUGUCAGCGCCCACUCUCACAGGGAAGGUAACUUUAUGCUGCUCCCCAAAUGGGACACAAAGUGGUCGUGUUUGACAUCUCUGUUGUCAGAGCCUUAUGGGAAACUCGUGUCAAGAAGCACAAAGCAUGGCAGAAGAAGGAGGCAGAAAGGCUGGAGAAAAGCGCCCUGGAGAAGUAUAUUUUGGAUAAAGGAGGAGUGGGACUUUGUGGCCGAGUGCAGGAGGAAGGGCGUGCCCCAGGCUGAGUACUGCAAGAAUGGCUUUGUGGACACCAGCACAAGGCUCCUGGAAAAGAUAGAGAGGAACUCUGUUUCCAGGCAGAGUGCGCGAGUCAAGGACAGAGACAAACGGAGGAGUCCAUUUGUGUUUGAACUUUCAGGGACACAGUGGAAGGAGCUGCCUGAUUCGCUGAAGGAGCAGACACACCUCAAAGAAUGGUACAUUCACAGUACCCUCAUUCAGAUCAUUCCCACGUACAUCGAGCUGUUUCAAGCCAUGAAAAUUUUGGAUUUGCCAAAAAACCAAAUCACGUGUCUUCCAGCUGAAAUUGGUCGCUUAAAGAACCUGAAAGAACUCAAUGUGAGUUUUAACCAUUUGAAGAGUAUUCCCCCGGAGCUAGGAGACUGUGAGCAUCUAGAGAGACUGGACUGUUCUGGGAAUCUGGACCUGAUGGAUCUCCCCUUUGAAUUAAGUAAUUUGAAGCAAGUUACAUUUGUGGAUAUCUCUGCGAACAAGUUCUCCAGCGUUCCUAUCUGUGUCCUGCGGAUGUGUCGUCUGCAGUGGCUGGAUAUCAGCAGCAACAAUCUGAGUGACCUGCCACAAGAUAUAGACAGGCUGGAAGAGCUACAAGGUUUCCUGCUGUAUAAAAACAAGCUGACCUACCUUCCUCAAGCCAUGCUCAACCUCAAAAAGCUCACCUUGCUGGUUGUCAGUGGGGAUCACCUGGUGGAGGUCCCGACCGCCCUCUGCGAUGCCUCCACGCCUUUGAAAUUUGUAAGCCUUGUGGACAAUCCCAUUGAUAAGACCGGAUGUCAAGACACUGAAGACACAGUAGAGAGCGAGCGGGACCGCCAGCAUUUUGAUAAGGAAUUUAUGAAAGCAUAUAUUGAAGACCUUAAAGAAAGAGAAGCUGUUCCCAGUUAUACGACCAAAGUGUCAUUUAGUCUUCAGCUUUGAUUCGGUUCACCAGAAGAUGACAAAAAUCUUACUGCCCCGUGCUCUAAAUCUUUGAAUAUGUGUUACCUCUUAUUGGAAUUGCGGCUUGUGCUUAAGGACAAAGUCUAGAAACUACUACCAUCAUCACUGUUAAGAAAGAUAACAUUCAAAUUAUUGAUAAACUUGCUUAUAUAUUAAUGUUAGCAGACGAAUGCACAUACUUGUCCUAAAUACUGCAUAUUUAAUAAUUUAGGAAACACAUCACUUAAAAAUUACAACAUUUAAAAAAAUUACAACACCUAGAACAAGUUUUGAAAUUGGAUGCAUUAUGUUCAGGAAUCAAGGGCUAGAGGGUUGUGGGUGAAAUGGAGAAUUUACCACCUUGAAAAUGUUUCAGGGGGCUGGCUCAGUGGUUAAGAGAGCCUGUUCUUCCGAAGGUCCAGAGUUCAAAUCCCAGCAACCACAUGGUGGCUCACAACCAUCCGUAACAAAAUCUGAUGCCCUCUUCUGGAGUGUCUGAAGACAACUACAGAGUACUUACAUAUAGUAAAUAAAUAAAUCUAAAAAAAAAAAAAAAAAGAAAAAGAAAAUAUUUCAGUAUACUGUUUAUUUUUAUUGAGAACAACGCUCCUUGAGUCUAAACAACUUCCUACUUCCAUAUUUCAAAUUUAUUUUGGCAAGUACAUUUUAAGUUGUACUUUGACUCUCAGGAGAGCCUGAUGGUAUAACUUGGGUCUCGAGGGUGGAAAGAAAGACUGGCAUUAUGUAGAGCAUCCAGCACUAGACACUCAGACAGUGUGAGCUGGGAAGAUCCAAAUACUCUGCUUGUUCUGUCCUGAAUGGUCACCUGGUGGUCCUCAGAACAAAGAGCGGAGGAAUGCCUUCAGGGUUCACUCCUGUAGGUGCUGGGGAGAGUGUGGACACCACACUGCGGCUUCCAUAUGGGAGUGACAGGAGGGUUCUGCCUACUGGAGUGCAGCUGUGGGCUGGCAGGAGCCUCCGGGAUGUCAAUUUGCAUUGGUAAAGGUAUCACUCUCUGGGGGGUGGGGGGGUGGGGGGGGGAGCUCUGUGUUCCUGAAUCAUGCUUACAUCACUGGAGGAACUAUAUAAAGCUUCUAUUUUUAUACGGUGUCUUAGGCUAAAACAAGCAGGAAGUGGCUGUUCUGAAGAGAAGAGGGAGAUACACAUGUAUUGCUGGUUUGUGUAUGAGUGGUCUCCUUUCGGAGGUAGUCCAGUGCAGCCCACUACAGCCCUCGCAGUGGUUAAACAGCCUGUGUCUGUGUUGUUAGAUGCCACAGCGUCCAGGGAUGGAGUACGUGAUGUCUGCCAAAUCUCAAAAACUACAUUUUAAAUGCAAUUUACUUAAAUAGUCACUUGUGGCUACCAUACUGCACAGCAAGGCCUAACCUGUUACGCUGGGGCAGGAGGACAUUGUCUGUGAUUAUAAACAAACAAAUGAACGAACAAAUGAAUGAAUGAAUUAAUAAAUGGGUAAUUUUUCCUUUUUUUUUUAACCCAAAGAACUGAUUUGCCCUCAGAAUCAUAUAAUUUAAAAAGGUUACCACAUAACACACAAUUAAAACAAACAAACAAACAAACAAACACAACCUAAAACAAAAGGGUUACUAAGGCUGGGAGAUGGCUCAGUGGUUAAAGCUGUUGCUAUCCAAAUCUAAGAACCAGGUGGCUCACCUGCCAUUCCAGUCUGGGUACCCAGUGCAAACUGGCUAGCUAGCCAGGCCUACCGGAAGCUGUUGUCUUGAAUAGGAGAUAGAGCCUCGGUCAAUAAAGUGGGAAGAUGCUAGAGUAGGAGUCAAACUCUGGCCUCUCCAUGGGGACACACACAGGUGCACCCCACACACAUGCAAAACCACGCAACACAUCCGCGCACUCACAGAAAA